AUGAAAACGGCCACGGAAACUAUGAAGCAUGUAUUUCAAUGCUAUUUCUCCGUUUUAAAACGAGUUCCAAAUGUAGCUUUGCUCGAACCCGUGCUCGAGGGCCUAAGCAAGUUCGCUCAUCUGUUAGGAGUGGAGUUUUUCGAAGAUAUUGUCUGUACUAUGGAAAAUCUCGUGGACAAGGAGCACCUGCGAAUUUUGGAUCAGUUGUACUGUAUCAAUACGGUGUUUGUGAUCCUAUCUGGUGAAGGUCAACUUCUUAACAUUGAUCCAUCACGAUUUUACCGCUCCAUUUAUCGAUUGCUCAAUCAACUGCCUUUUGAAAAGAAACCAGAAACGACAACAAGAGCUAACACCAAAAAACCUUCAAUUUCACAUCGAGAACUGGUUACAGAGUAG